UGGUUUGCUUUUUCACGAGUUAUCUCUAUAUGGAACAGAUUGUGUCCGUUUGGUAUGAACAGGGAAUUGUCGAUAACAUACAAAGACAUAAAUUACUGUUCAUUGAGACUCAAGACUCGCACGAGACGAGUCUUGCACUCUAUAACUAUGUGAAGGCGUGUGAGAACGGAAGGGGUGCUGUUCUCUUGUCUGUCGCCAGAGGAAAGGUAUCCGAAGGGAUAGACUUUGACCACCAUUUGGGUCGUUGUGUCAUAAUGUUUGGCAUUCCCUAUGUCUUCACACAAUCACGUAUUUUGAAGGCAAGGCUUGAAUACCUGAGGGAUCAGUUCCAGAUCAGAGAAAACGAUUUUCUCACUUUUGACGCCAUGAGACACACAGCACAGUGUAUGGGACGGGCCAUCAGAGGAAAGACAGACUACGGCAUCAUGUGUUUCGCAGAUAAGCGAUUCAGUCGUUCAGAUAAACUAAAAAAGUUGCCGAAAUGGAUACAGGAAUACCUCAAAGACUCUGUCCUUAACCUCAGUAUCGAAGAAGCCGUUCAGAUAUCGAAACGAUUUCUUAAACAAAUGGCUCAACCGUUCACUCGAGAGGAUCAGUUGGGAAUAUCUUUGCUUACUUUGGAUCAAAUUAAUGACGAAGAGAUGCAAAAGAAAAUCAUGUCUCGCAUCCAAAGCGCAUAAUUCAU